ACUACGGGCUUGUUCUUGUUGCAUGCGCGCUGCAAAGUUCAGGAGGAUCAAGGGAAGUUAGACAGAGACAGGAGCCUGUCAACAAACUCUCUGCUCAACGCCGAGAGUAUCCGCCCCGUCUCUGAGUGAAGGGAGAAUCCGUGUGAACACAGGUCUAAUUCUCUGCGGCUGCACACAGGGACACGAUGGAAGCAGGAUUACUGUGUCGCUCAGCCCCGAGCAGGAUGAAGCUCAUGUUGUGGCUCUGCUCCGCUCUGUUUUCUGCAGCCAAUGGGGAGUCGUCCCACGGCCACUCCACAAUAAGCGUUUCUGCCCCCCACCUCUUCUACACCUGUCCAGAGGGGGCAACCGCCAAACUGGUGUGCGCCCAGAGAGGUGCUGCCUUGCACAGCGCUGAUAUCUUGAAGCGCAGCUGGCUGUUCACGCCCCAUAGUGAUCAGCACUGUUCGGGAAAGGAGGGCCCACGCCACACCACCUUCGGCGGUCAUCCCCAUGGCAACAAAAGCUUGCCGGCGGGGUUGCAGUUUGGAUUUUCGGAGCAGAUUUUCUGGGCGGUUCUGCAAAACUUGACCCAUGCUGACCAGGGCCGCUACUGCUGCAUGGUCCUAGACAUACAGGUGUUAAACAAACAUCCCUCCCUGCUGCAGAAACCCCACAGUCACAUUCUCCUCCAAGUUACACCGCGGAGAGAUGGAUCUCAAGAUUGCACUGUCUGGGAUCCCACACCAUCUGGAGGCACCGUGCCAGUGGCCUUGGCCAUAGCAGCUUGCAUCUUGGCUCUGCUCUCUCUGCCUCUUAUUCUGGUGCUUGUGUACAAACAGAGGGAGAAUGCCCAGUCGAGCAGACGUGCACAGGAGCUGGUGAGGAUGGACAGCGAGGCCCACGGCCAUGAGAACCCAGUGUUUCUCGGGGGAUCACCACAGAUUAAGACCCGCACCGUCUCUCAGAUCAUGGCCCGACAGUCCUCUGAGACAGGACACCACCUGUUGUCUGAACCAGGAACCCCUCUCUCUCCUCCUGCACAUGGGGACGUGUUCUUCCCGAUAGAGGACACCAUUGCUGAGUCUCCAGACUUCCUGCAGAUUUAAAGUGGGGGUGAGACCUCAUUCACUGCUCGGACUGCUGACCUGGAAACAGUCCUGCAACUCUCUUCCUCUUCUCUCUGCGUUCAGAGCGACGUUGCCCCUGUAAGCUGUCUCACAAUAACCUCUGCUAGGAGAGUCAUCUGUAUAUUGUCUGGACCGCAGGAGGGGACGAAUUAUUUCCACCUGCAACAACAGCUGGAGGCCGAAAGCGAACUAUUGCUUGUGAGCACUUGCCUUGUGGCGGGGGCCGGGUUUGUGUGUUACGUUCCAUCUAAACACUGUCAAACAGCUUGUGGGCCAACAGGCGCCUACGUCUGGAGAGGCCCACUGCUUGAGAUGAACCCAGAGUGCUGAGGGUGAAGGUCCUGCGAUAUGCAGGCAUGUUGUUUGGUGCAGUUCAAACUUGCAUGUGUAAUUUGGCAGUUCCUUGUAAAAUACAAGAACAUACAGACCAGGACCCCCCUGAUCAUGUGUACACGUCUCACUGCAGAGCAAAUUUAAUAAGAAAUCUCAAACCAGACAGGGAGGGACUGCAAAACAAUACAGUUUAACUGGAUGUCUGAUUCUGACACCUCAUCCCUGUCCCCUGUAAAAAAGUGUUGCAAUAGUGUCAAACCGAAGGAGGCUCAAUCAUCAGAAAAGUCCAAAAAUUAUUAUACAAACAGACACGUGUUGUUUUAUGGCAUUACACUGUUUCUCUCCCACAAAUGAUCCCAGCUUCUUACCCCCUCCCUUUUUGCUACCUCAGUUACUGUCGGCUCUGUUGCUUUAAAUACUCUCCUUCCUUCCUGUACUCUCAGAAACACAGCACUUCACAGUGGCCUUAGAUAUAUUCAUUAGGUGCUGAACAUUUCAGUGAGUACAGUAUUUAGGGGGAAAAAACAGUUCUUGCUGAUCAUUUUUAAUGAAUGUUAUUCAUGCUUGUGUACAUUUUGAUGAUUAAGAAAACAAUGUUUAUUGCUGUUUUGUGAAUAAUUUAGUAAUUUUAAAAAUGUAUUUUGGGAUGUGCAUAUGAAUCCUCAUUCUUAUUUUUUUGUGCAAUGUCACUGUUACAAACUAAAUAUUAUUUAGCAUGUCUGAAAAGAAAUGGUCUUGAAAUGAAAUCCAAACAUUCAUCAUAUAUAUACAUAUUAAAGUCAAGUCUGAGUGAUUGUGUGAAACCACUGGUGUUUUUUUUCUCAUGUUGAGGUCAAAUUGGAGCAGGUAUCUAAACGGAAAUCAUCUUCUUUUGAGUUGUUGCAGGUGUAUAGGACAGGGCAUGUAUUUAAUUUGUUUUUCUGUUGAAGAUUUUCACAAGUAGUGUAUCUGUAUGUUUCAUACAGUAAAAAGCUUGUAUUAGACAUAUACAGAACAAUGCUGUGAAAGUAUGUUUGCUCUCUAUAUUGCAUUUAACUUGUCCUGGUUGUAGCUUGGAAAUAAAGUGAAGCUCUUAAACCUUAAAA